AUGUUUAAUAUAACUACAUGUAGUGUGACAAGUAUUGCUGACACAAAGCUCAAGUGUGCAGAGACAAUUAUCAUAGAAAUAAUCCCUCAUCAAGUUUUCUGCUGGAUUCCUCGUGAAUGGUUAUCAUUUUCGUGGGAUGCGUUGCAAAAAGUGCUCAAAAAGAAAAUUUCGAAAUGUUACUUAGAGUGUGGAAGGGCUGAAGGUUCUGCAAUUUGUAUUAACGGUGUAACAGCGCGACUACAACUUCACAGUCAAAUUCAUUGGAUAAAGAGAGAAUUAGAUGUGCAAACAAGACCAAAUCUGAAGGAUUACUUUGGGUUUCGCAUACCUUGUGUCUGUUGUAAGAAACUGUAA